CAACAACAACAAUCCCAGCAUCACUGCGAUCAACAACAAUAACCUGAAACUAGUGAAAAGCACGAAGAACAACAGCCUGGUCGCAAAAAGCACUAUGGGCAACUAUCGAGUGACCAAUUCCAUAAACUCUUCGUCACUGAAGGAGAACGCUAAGAUAUUGGCUCGUUUGGACGAGACCAGAAUUCUCAAGAACACCAAAACUAGCAAUCUAACCAGGUCGACGAAGACCCAGCCGUUGCCUCUGACCCCAGCCAAGAAGAGAUCUUCCCUGGCUCGUCCAGUUCGAGUUCACGACUCCUUCGCUCAACCUAGAAAGCUGUUGCCUAUGAACUAUGCCUUCCAGACCUUACAGAAGGCCAGCGAGUCCACGUACGAAGAGGACGACUACAAGGAGACCGGCUGGCCUAUCCGGCUGAGACUCGAACAGAUGCUCGAGUUGACUUUGCCGCAGACCAAGAAGAGGCCGAAGAAGAAGACGCCGAUGAUGCUGAUGAAGCAGCAGCAGACCAGUAGACAUGCGUGCAAAGACACGGAAAGGCUGCUGCGCGUACUCAGCGUGAACAAUGUGGACCAAGAUACUAGGUACAAUGUCACACGGUGUUCUGUCAUGUAGAGACACGCGUUAAGGGAUCGUUGCAAUGAAGUUGCAGAGAUUGGUGCUUGUUGGAGGAGGUUUCUGGAAGAUGGAGCCCCACAGUUAUAAGGAGAAAGGGUCCUGCAACACGAUCUGGACCGUUCUUUCUUUUUUUUUUUAUAUAAGAAGGCUCCGCUAGGUAGGACAAAAUUAAUUGAUAAUUUUCAAACAUUCGGGGCGUUUGGUUGGUUUUCGAUGAAUAAACAAUUGAAAUUUAUUUGAAAGAGGUAGGCUCUCCUCCAGAGCACGGCUUUAAUAUCGAAGUUCGGUUCGAUUUCCAAGAUGAUGGCCACGCAGAUGCGUGAUCAGUCACGUGAUAUGUAUUUCGCUAGUAAUAAGAAAGUUCUUCGUUCAGUGUGACUCGUGUCUUAGUACUAUUAAUCGCUUGUUGAGUUUGAUAAAAUCACCGAAAAUCGGGGAGAUCGGUAUUUAUAUCGUUUUUAAUGUAGACAGUUCGCAUAAGCAUAACGAAAAAAAAAAAUGAUAUUCGAGAACCAUGAUCGGUCUUCUCCCUACAAAGAUGAUUGUAAUCAUUUAUUUAUGCAUUUAUGUCACGUGUCGUUUUCUCUCAUUAUCGCUGUUAUUGUUUUCUUCUUUUUUUACUAAUUUUGCACUAACGUGUUUAAAUUGUUCGUUGUCUCUUUUAUCUUGGUGAGAUUUCUGUUCGGUUAAAUAUUUCUAACGUGAUGGAUAUUUUUAGAAUGCUUUGCAUAUCGUGCAAUAGUUAUGAUAAUCGAGAAAUAUAUUUAAGUAAGAAAUUAGCUGGUGAAGAAAUAUAUUGUUGAUAAGUGGAAUCGUAACAGAAACGCUUGAUUAAUUAAUAUUUGGAAAAAUUAAAGAAAAAUCGAAUAUCAUUGGAAAUCAAGUAACUCGCAGAGUGUGAAACUUAUAGAACCAAUAGGGGUCCUUUUUCGGUAGCUGGUCGCAAAAAUUCCCAAAUUUCAUCUUCCGCGUCAUAAUAAAAAUUCUUUAUCAAAUUCUUUAUCAUGGUCAUUAACAGAAUACGUGAAAAGAAAAUACUUUUUUUAUCAAAUCUAUAGACAAAGAAAAUUUUCUUUGCUUAAUGUAGAUUGUUUAUGCCAUUUAAAAAGAAUCCAGUUUAGAGAAAUAUUUUAUAGAUAAAUGAAUUUUUAUUAAUUUUUAUAUUUUAUGAUUUAUGGAACAAUCUCACUACACCAUUGAGCCGAAUUAAAAAUCGCAAUCGAAAAUUCUAACAUCUACACGCUUGUACUUUACGACUAAUUCCGUCCCCAAGAAACAUUCAAACUGAUAAAAAAUCUGGAUUUUAUUUAUUCUAUACUUGCGUGAAAUUCUAAAAAAUAAUUCACACCUCCCCCCUUUUCUUUCCAUAGCAACGAUAUCGAUCAAGAAAAAUCGUUAAUAAUUAUUUUGUUGAAAUUGUAAAAACAGUAGAAUAUUAACCGAUUAAAUUUAUGGAACGUUUGAAAGAGAUUAUUAUCCAGGGAAAUGUUAUCGACAUUCGUCACUGUAUUUAAUAAUGCGAUAUUUUAUCCAAAGAGUUGACCAAUUGCGUGAUCUGCAUUUACUCGAUAUGCAUUUAUUAUUACAGGUUGUUUCGGAAGAUACGUAACGCGCCAUUUGAAUGUGAAUAAAUAAUAGAAGCAGAAUUUGAAGAAAAUUUAAAUUAAAAAAUUUAAUUUUAUCUGACAUUAAAAAAAAUUUAAGUCAAGUGACACAGACCAUAAUUAAAGGUUUCAAAGUAGAAUACCGAACAAAUUUGGAAACUUUCAAGAGACAGCAUGGCGCCAUUUCGUUAACUAAUAAUGUAUCUUCAGAGACAAUAUCGUUAUGUGUAGAACAAUAUCGUUGAGUCUAAGAAAUAUAUGAACGUUAAAGGUUUUCAUUCCACUAUUCAUAAAUAAAACAUUGAAAAGGAUAUUUAACAAAUAAAUGAAAAUUAAUUUCUGAUAAAAAGAAGAAAAAAUUUUGCGAAAUUUGUAAGAUUAUCGUCGAUCGGUUGAAAAAAGAAAUCAACAGAUACAUGAUCCCCAGUAUAAUAAAACGUAAGGAAUAGAAUGUGACGAGUCUUCUUGUUGCUGCUUCCUAGUUUCUUAAUGACACAAACACAAAAGUUGCAUUUCCAAGAAAUAAUUUUUUCGAAGGAUAUCGAAGCACCAAAGAGCAUUUUUGGAUAACAAACGUUUCACACAGUAUUCACGCAUAGAAGAAAGUUACGUCAAAGAGUUCCGCGUACUUAUUUUUUCACUAUCCGACCUUCAUGGUGAGCUGGAUCUAGUCACAGAUAUGCUUUCAGCAACGUAAUCUCGUCGAGUGUGCCCUGUUCCUGCUUAGAGAAUCCUUCUCGACUGUCCUCGAUCACGUCGAGCUCGUUGAGAAGACAACGAAAAUCACUUUAAAAUGAAUUAUUGAUAGCUACAAAUUUUAUUUGAUCUGAAAAAUUCAUGAGUUCCAGAAAUUUUCAGUUUUCUCUAUCUUUUCCCCAGAUAUAUCUUAAAUUUUCACAAAGUUAGGAAUUUUUUACUUUUUUCGUUUCAUUUUAAAUGACAACUUUCCUCCCUGAAAUUUUUAGACGAUCAAAAUCCAAGGAAAAUCUGCGAGAUACCGAAUCGGGAAAUUUCUGGGAUUCGAUCUGAGACCUCACGGGGUUGUAGUCUAAUACACUACCCAUUGCACUACCAAGAUCUUUACGUACUAACUUCGUUCUUGUCCAUUUUACCUAAAUCAAUUAUAUUGUUUUCAUAUUAAUUUAAUUCCAUAUUAAUUUCAAAUUCCAAUUUUGAAAAAGGAUUUUCUAAUCUUACGUACGGGCUCGAAUUAACACUUCACGAGGACCGAAGUCAGAGUAGAUUAGGAUUAAGUAUCAGGGAUAACCGUUGUGUUAUUGUACGUUGUAACGCUACGUAUAUUAUAUUUCAUUAUAUUAUAUGCCGUAAUGUAACGAGUGCCCUAACCCUGUUAAACUGUAUAUCGAAUUAUUAACUGUACCAUAGAGUGUAAGCUAUUCCAACUACCACGCCCAGUAUUUUCUAAGUAUUACGAUUAUGCUGCAGGAUGUGUUCGUGUUGUUGCAACAACUGCUUCUGAUUUGUCGUUCCUUUAAAGCGAUUUUCCAUAACCUCAAAAAGAAAGAUAUGAUUUUGCAAACAUGACAAUUACUCAUUUUAUAUUGACAAAAAUAUAUAUUUUGCCUUGUGUGUUGUUAAAGAAAUCACAAAAUUUAUUAUGAAGUAAAUUAUUCCCUCUCAACCUUGGUAUUGAUGACAUUAUCUCGAUUUAGCGGAACGACAAACUGAAUCGCAGGAACCAAAUGGAACAAAGAUGUCUACGACACCGCGUUCACUGUACCAACCGUUUGUGCACGAAUGUUUUUGGUGAAGCGCUGUGGGUUCGAACGAAGCACGAAUAUGAUUUCUGUUCGAUGAUAACGUCGAGCUAAUACGGAGGAUGCAAAACUACGAAUGUACAAGAAAUUUCAGGAACGUUUCGUUUCUACGUAUGAGAGUGGCUACGAAUUAGCUGUGUCUCGUGUGCCAUAACUCCUAACAUUUGAUAUAUUUAUCGAGUCUAGUCCAUUUACAAUGAAACCUUUCGUACACACCCGAGCAAAUGUGUUUAUCCGAAUUCAUAGACUGCACGAAAUAUAUAUAUAUAUAUUAUAUCUAUAUAUA